UCUUAUCUUUUGCUCAUUUUCUUCUUCAUGUUUGGUUUGUCCCAUGAACAAGACUAUUCCAUUAGCUCUGGAGGAACACUGAGAAACAAUGAAACCCUUGUCUCUGCUGGUGGAGUUUUCGAGUUGGGCUUCUUCGGCGUCCCUUCUACCGGCAAUCGCUACCUGGGAAUAUGGUUCGUGGAUGACCCCCAGAAAAGGCCCGUGUGGGUUGCCAACCGCGAUAAUCCCCUGACCGAUUCCACUUGUUUUCUUCAAGUAAGGGACGACGGAAAUCUGAUCCUGGAAGACAGGCGUCUAACACCGAUGAUUGUCAACUCUGGCGCGCUCUCAGCGUACCCAAACACAACCGCAACGCUUCUUGAUACCGGAAACUUUGUCCUCCAGGCGGGCACGAAUUUGGUCUGGCAGAGUUUUGAUUAUCCAUCGGAUACUUAUCUUCCUGGAAUGAAAAUUGGUUGGUUCGGAUUAACGAGCGAUGUGCCAACGCCAUAUUUUCUCUCGGCAUGGGAGAGUUCAACUGACCCUGGCCACGGAGAUUUCACGUUAGGAGUCGAUUACAAGGUCGCGAAUUUGACUGUCUAUCGCGGUGAUAGCACUCACGUGGAUAUUGGCUAUUGGGAUGGAAAAAGAAUUCAUUUACUUUUCGCGAAUUAUUCCAAUAGCUUUAAUUUUAGUUAUUUUUCUAACCCGAAUGAGGCUUAUUUCACUUUCACUACCAUCGGGAAUUAUUCUAUGUCAUGGCUUGUUAUGGCCUCAACCGGGCUCAUUGACGAAUAUACCCUCUCUAAUCGAGGUAUUUCAAUGAUGAGUCAUUCGUUAUGUGAAGCUUCAGGUAAUUAUACAGUCAAUGCCAGUUUUUGCUCGACUCCAUCUCCGUCCUCCUGCAAUGGCACGUUUUCAGCGAUCAACGGUUCGUUCCAAAAUUCGUCAAUCGUUAACGGUUCGAUUGAGAUGAGUUUUAGUGACUGCGAAUCCAUUUGCGCGAGCAAUUGUUCGUGUCUUGCGUAUAUUACUCCGACAAAUCAAAUCGGAUGUCAAAUUUAUGCUGGGAGUAAGGAUCAUCUAUACAACAUCAUACAACAAGGAGGAGGUCUAGUCUAUGUCCGCGAUAACAUUCCAACAAAAAAGAGUAAGUACGAACUCAUGAUUUAUAUCAUUUACAUAAUGGGAAAUAGAUCAUAAUAGUAAGUACGAACUCAUGAUUCAUCAUUUAAAAAAUAGU